AAGGCUGAGAAGGAGGCCUACGUCGACCCUGCCGAGGCCGAGAAGGCCCGCGAACUCGGCCAGGCCAAGUUCCAGGAGGGUGACUGGCCCGCCGCCGUGGAUGCCUUCACCGAGAUGACCAAGCGCGCCCCCGAGGACCCCCGCGGGUUCUCCAACCGCGCUGCGGCCCUCAUCAAGCUGAUGGCUUUCCCCCAGGCUGUGCAGGACUGUGACGAAGCAACCAAGCGGGAUCCCAAGUUCAUUCGGGCGUACAUGCGCAAGGCGCAGGCUUUGGUUGCCAUGAAGGAGUACAACAAGGCUCUGGAUGUCUGCACGGAAGCUUCGGAGCACGACGACGGCACUCACGCUCGGGAGAUCGAGCAGCAGCAGCAGAAGUGCUUGGACGCUCAGUUCAGCGCCCGUGCCGGCGAGACCGAGCAACAGACGAUGGAGAGAAUCCAGAACGACCCCGAGGUGAGUUAUCUACCUGACAAUAUCAGUGGGACCCUGUGGCUAACUAUGCAAUCCAUAGAUCAUGUCCAUCCUGCAGGACCCUAUCAUGCAGACCAUCCUCCAGCAAGCCAAGAGCGACCCCGCCGCCCUCCAGGAGCACAUGAAGAACUCCCAGGUGCGGAUGAAGAUCCAGAAGUUGAUGGCCGCCGGCGUCAUCCGCAUGGGUCGGUGAGCAAGCCAGCAGUGGAGUAGUGGAAGGAGGCAGUGAUGACGGAGACACGGAUGGGAGAAAUUUGUGACUUGCGGUUAUUAUUUAAUCUGUUAUGAAAAGCGUUCUCUACGGGGCCCUCUUGAUGUAUUUUUUUUUCUCGUCGUUAUUUUACG